UUGUGUGUGUGUGUAAGUCACUUUGGGAAAAAAAAAGUGUCAGCUAAAUGAAUAAAUGUGUGUGGUGUACCACCAUAAUUGAUUAAUGUGCAUUAUGACAGUCGAGGUAAUUUAGUUUGCAUUUACCUUUCUUUCGGAACAUUGGUGUGAACAUGCCUAGGGCAUGAUGCAUGAUGAUGACGAUCAAGAUGAACAAUCCGACUCCUCCCGCUUCGUACUUUUUUUUCACAAAAUAUAGAUUCAUACACUAGGAUUCAAAGUUUUCUAUUUCUUCAGCUUACCCAUUCAAGUUGACCAAACGGAAUCUAAUUCAUUAAUAAAGAAAAAGAAAGGCUGGAUGGUUCUGUAUGCUUUUUCAGUCACUUAUAUCGCAUCGGUUGAUAUUAAUGACGGUUUCCGUCACGUUUUAGAUAUCCCCGCUACCCAUUAUUUCUCGUUCGGGCUCUGCAGUGACGUCAGUGCUCGCGCGCCGCCAUAGCAUAGGAACUGAAACGUGCCUACUUCAGAAUCCCCUCGGACGGAUUUUUUUUGUAGCACCCUGUUUAUCAGACAUGGCCGCUUGCGCGAGGAGCCUAGUGAAAGCUGUAGGUGGAAGUCAUGGACAUCUUCUGGUCACCAAUGGUCUCUUGCUGACAAGUUUUUCACAGACUGUAACCAGACUCCUGCCCGUCAGAGCUUUUGCUACAAGAAGGACAGAAAAAAGAGAAAAGGAAAAAGAAAAAGUACCACGGUUUUUACAACGUGCAAAGGAGGAGAAGGAGGCAAAAGUGGAAAAGGUUGAAAGGAAGAUCGACAAUACGAAUCGCCACAAACCAUAUGGACUCACUGCUUGGGAACCAGUGGAUGACGUGUACGUAGUAAAGCACUACCCCAGACCAGUCUACGAUGUUGGCGUGGCAGUCGACAUGCUGAAGAUGUUUCAGCAACUGGACUACACCAACCCCCAACAGAAUGUCUAUAUAGAUCUCAAACUUGACAUGAAGCUCGAGAAGAAGAAAAAAGUGGAAGCAUUUAUCAGCACAGUUCAGUUGCCAUUUCGAAUAAAGGCAGAAGAUAAUAAAGUUUUGGUUUUCACAGAGAACCCCAGUCAAGCAGAAGUGGCACGGGCCAAUGGGGCAGCAUUUGUAGGUGGGAUGGAGCUCAUUGAGGAUAUCUUGGAGGACAAAAUCCAGGCUGAUUUUUAUGUGGCUGUGCCAGGAAUCACCGCCCAUUUGUUGCCAUUGAAAAGCAAACUCCGCAAGAAAUUUCCCAAGAGCAAGCGAGGGACAGUUGGAGCAGACAUUCCCAAAAUGCUUCACAUUUUUAAGAAUGGCCACGAGUAUCUGGUGGAGCACGAAUGCUAUGUCAGGACGAUCGUUGCUACGCUGGACAUGCCAAAGGAGCAGAUUCUCGCAAACAUUGAAACCGUCAUCAAGGAUGUGUGCUCCCACAAGCCAGCCAGCUUUGGACCUUUCAUUGAGAGAGCUUUGAUUACCGCCAGUACAAGUGAAGCCCUGCAUUUUGACAGUGGACCAUUUUUACCCAAAGCAGAUGAUGAUGAUGUGGUGUGAGCAUGAGCAUGGUCUGUCCGUUAUAAUAAAACAGUAUCAAUUCC